UCUUCAACAUUUGUCGUCUGUGUCUGUGUUGUGCUUGUGACUUGUGAUUUGAUUUAUUUUUUUGAUUGUAAAAAAUCAGGUUCUACAAGAAAAUAUUAGAGUGUGAGUGUGCAAAAAUUAGAAAUAAAUUAGCUUGGAGCUUGUAAUACAUAAUAUUUGUUUGUUAUCGCCUACCACAUAAAAUAGCUAAAAAUGGCAGAUAUAUUAGAUAUAUUAGACAUAGAACAACCUGGGGCAUCUGAAAUUACAAGGGAAAGUAUAAUACACGGCGACAAAGCAAAGAAGAAGUAUGUAACGACGAAGGCGGUGCGGCGCCCUGAGGGCAUGCACCGUGAAGUAUUUGCUCUGCUUUACAAUGAUAACAAGGAUUUGCCGCCGCUGCUGCCUACAGACACUGGUAAGGCUUAUAAACAAACAAAAGCCAGACUUGGCAUGAGGAAGGUCAGAAAGUGGGUAUGGGCACCAUUUACUAAUCCAGCGCGUAAGGAUAAUGCCGUAUUCCACCACUGGAAAAGAGUAACUGAUGAGGCAAAGGAGUAUCCAUUUGCACAAUUCAAUAAGCAAGUGUCAAUACCAUCAUACUCUGAAUCAGAAUAUAAUCAAUAUUUAAAAUCUGAAGACUGGAGUCAAGCUGAAAGUGACCACUUGAUGGACCUGUGCCAGAGGUUUGACCUCCGCUUUAUUGUGAUUCAUGAUCGCUGGGACCGUGCAGCAUUUAGAGACAGAAGUGUAGAGGAUUUGAAGGAAAGAUAUUAUAAUAUUUGUGCCAUUUUAAGCAAGGUAAAAACAAAUCCUUGGUCCAACACAGUGACAAUGGUGAAUGGAGAAAAGCGAGUAUAUCAUUAUGAUGCUGAACAUGAGCGGAAAAGGAAAGAACAAUUGAAAAGACUUUUUGACAGGACUCAAGAACAGAUUGAUGAAGAACAAAUGUUAUUGGCUGAAUUGAAAAAAAUAGAAGCACGUAAACGAGAAAGGGAAAGAAAAACUCAGGAUUUACAAAAGUUAAUAUCCAGAGCUGACAGUGGAAAUGGAGUUGCUAACAGCCAAGCCAGCAUUGCCAAUGAUGGUCCAAACACACCCACCAGUGCAGUGUCAAACAUUGCAAGAAGACAUGAUAGAAAACUGCAUAAGAAGAAACUGACGUCUCAACAGAGACCUAUCCGUGCUGUAGAAGCUGUGACAGUAGAGUGGUCUGGAAUAAAGUUUCCUGAGGCACGCGGCACAGGUGUGUGGUUGCGGUCUCAGCGCAUGAAGCUUCCACCGGGAGUCGGGCAACGGAAAACUAAAGCUAUUGAACAAGAACUGCGUCUUAUGAAUAUUGACAUAGCACCUACUCCCACAGAAGCAAUUUGCAAACAUUUCAAUGAACUGCGUUCAGAUCUAGCACUCGCUUUGGACCUUAAGAAUGCUCUAGCUUCAUGCGAGUUCGAAUUGCAAGCUUUACGCCAUCAAUAUGAAGCUCUCAAUCCAGGAAAGACAUUAAACAUUCCAGCAUCAAUUUGCAACUCAACUGCUGAUGGAGAAGCUAAACCUGUAGGAGAAAUUAUUGAUGUUGUUGGAUCCCCAAGUGCUCUGAAUUCAACUAUUUAGUAACUAAUUUAUAUCUUGAAUAGUUGUUGUGAUGUGUAAAUUGUUGUUAUUCUAAAAAAUAAUGUUGCUGUCAUAUAAUUCCAGUACAAUAUGUAGCUAUGGCAGCUUCGUAUAAAUAAAACAAAAUGAAGAACUUA